GGGGUUAAAAUAAAUAUUUAUGGACACGUUUAACCGUGUUCGGAUAUCACAACCGAAACUAUUCAGUUACUAAAAUAACUACUAGUUUGCCUUGCCUUUAGUAUUAAAUAAUAGCCGUGAUUUUGCGUCCUUCUAGUUUUAGUAUAAUUUUCCAGUUUGUGUAAACUCUGGGAAUGGUACAAUUGAUCAACAAUUUAUGGGCAGCUAGCUUACUUAGCUUUUGUCAGAGCUUGGAUUGAAACUUCUUUUAAUUAUUAGUUUUUAAAUACUAUAAUUCGUGUACAAACUACUUUACGGAAUGGAUAUUUUAAGAGACGAAGGAGUGCAUGAAUUGAAAUACAAACCCGGUGGUCGUUUGGACAUGACCCACGGCUUCCUUCACCAUAUCCGCAGGAACCAGAUUGCUAGAGAUGAUUAUGAUAAAGAAGUAAAGCAGGCUAAAGAGCUUCAGCGACGAAGGCACACAACAACCCCUAGAAGACCUCGUCGACCUGACAUCCAGGUGUACCAUCCUCGGCAAAGACGUGGGUCAGAGCCAGGAACCGGUGCUGAUCCUGAAGAGUGGAACGAGAGUGGGUCGAGCACAGAGACUGAAACCCACGGGACAGAACUCUUCUGGCUUGACUAUCAGGAGGACUCUGGAGUUAUUACUUCUUUCUUGGUGCACAAGGAGGAUAAGCCUGAGAAGGUGGUGGAGCUUGUCGCAGAGAAGAGCGUCCUGGAUGCCGCCAUGAGAGCUGCUCUGGAGGUUCGAAUUCGAAAGGAAAUUGAAAAAAGGCGAGACAACCGAUGAUAGGGGUUCACAAACAGCAGAUCGAAAAAACAAAGCUGUUGCAGUCGCAGUUAUGUGCUCAUGCUUUUGCAUGGUUUGAGCACAGUGAGGACCCUGCUGUCAUUUACAGUGACCGUUGGCAGAGGAGACCUGAAGACGAGCCGUAUGUUCGUUAAGAAGGAGAAGGAACACUUGGGUUAAUGUGUAGAUCAGCUGAACAUGUCCUAGGUUUUAUUUAUUUACAAACAUCUACUUUUUUGUUUCUUUAACAGAAAGGCAGGAAUGUUGUCAGAGGAGCAUCAGUUUAUGAGCAAUGUCUUGGUUCUGAAAAUGAGAAUUUUGUCUUGUAUAGUAGAUGAGUCCACAAGAAUGUGUUUAGGUGGUAACUCUGUUUUGUAGUUUUCACUUGUGUUAUUUAUUCUGAGUUGUGGAAAUUCCAUUAUUUUUGAUACAGUGAUACCUUUUGAAAGCUGAAUAAUAAGAAAAAAAUACAUGUACUUAAAAGCCAUUUAUGGUUUUCCAGUAGAGUCUGGCUAAUCUGCUCUGGGGCGGACUAAUCAUAAACUGUGAUUGUGCAUUCAUAUGAUCUGGGCAACAUUUUUGCAUGCUUUAAUUUUCUUCCGACCCUCUGGAAAACAUAAGCUCUGACUAAAGAGAUAUUCUGAGUUAGGUGAUUUAUGUGAAAUCCUCAGCAGGUGGCAGCAACAGACAGUUUUAUUACCUCUUUAUGAUGCUUCUUCUAUGUUGUCUUAUAUUAUUUCGAUAAGCUCUAAUUAAGUUUAGCUGUGUUUUUGUUCUGUAUAAAUCUUUGUUAUUCAAUAAAGAAUACAUCUUCCUUUA